AUGAAUCGACAUAGGCUGUCAAUAAAAAAACCUCAAGCAGUUGAGAUAGCCCGUAAAAAUGCGGCUGACCCUUUCAUCAUACAAGAAUUUUACGACAUUGUCGAUAAAGUUAUUAAAGAGCUAGGGAUUGAAAAUAAGCCAGAGAGAAUAUACAAUAUUGACGAAACAAGCUACUGCAGCGAGCCUCAAAAAACCAAAGUGAUCGGCUUAAAGGGAUAUCCUUCAACUAGAAUAACAUCAUCAGCUGGUAAAGCAAACACAACCGUCUUGGUUGCCAGCAAUGCAGCUGGGGGGAAAGGGCCUCCAUUUAUAAGUUUCAAAGGUAAGCAUGUGUGGAGUGGAUGGACAUCUGCGGAAGCAUAUCCUGGCACUUUAUACACUGCGACAUCCAAUGGUUGGAUUGAAUCCGAAGCUUUUGCAGAGUUCAUGGCAAAAAGUUUCAUUUCCAUGGUCAAAGAUGAGAAAGAGCCAACCCUCCUAAUUUAUGAUGGUCAUAGCACGCAUGUGCAACUGGCUGUGGUCGAAAUGGCGAAACAAAAUAAUAUCAGCAUCAUUAAAUUGCCACUUGAUCUAAGCGUAUUCAAAUCUUAUAAAGACGCUUGGGAUCAGGAAAUGGUUAAAUGGCAACGCACACAUAAGAGAGAAAAGUUACCUAAGGAUCAGUUUUCAGCGACAGUGGGAAAAGGUUGGAAAAAUCUUAAUUCCAAUGUUAUAAAAAAAGGGUUCGAAAAAAGGGGAAUUUAUCCAUUUAACAGAAAAGCUAAACUGGAACAUAAACUAGACCCAGAAGCCCUAAAACGAUGGAAAAAACACACAAUGAAACUUUAUCGAAAGAACAAACACUCGCUCGUAGCUCACCAUUAA